CAAACGUUUAAAAAAAGAAAACAUAGUAUUCCAAAUUAAAUUCUUAGGUUUGAACAUGGAACACUCUUAUCCUCAAAAUGAGAAAGCUGAAGACGAAGCAUCUCUUCAAGAUGUACAAAUAUGCGUCAACGACAACAAAGGAGGAUGGGUCACCUUUCCUUUCAUAAUAGGAAGUAUGAUGGGAUUAACACUAGCAGCAACAUCUUGGUAUGCAAACAUAGUAGUUUAUGCAAUGAAGAAGUACAAUAUCAAGGACAUUGCUGCUGCUCAAUUCCACAAUGUUGUUGGUGGUGGUGUCAAUUUCUUCCCUAUAUUAGCUGCUAUUCUCGCCGAUUCUCUCUUUGGUUCCUACUCCGUCGUUCUUGUCUCAUCUUUCAUUUCAUUACUGGGUGCAAUAAUGUUCACCCUUUCAUCUGCAAUACCAUCUUUAAGGCCUCCACCAUGCACAAACAUAACCUCAUGCAACCCUCCAUCAAGCCUCCAAUACGCCUUCCUCUACGCCACCUUAGCGAUUUCGAUGAUUGGAUUCGGGGGUACUCGUUUCGUGAUAGGAGCAUUGGGAGCAGACCAAUUCAAAAAACCCGAACAACAACGAGUUUUCUUUAAUUGGUUCAUCUUCGCCAUUGAGGCUAGCUCCGUUAUAGGCUUCACCGCCGUAAUUUACCUUCAAGACAAGGGUAAAUGGACCUUAAGUUUUGGCAUAAGUGGUGCUGUUAAUGCAAUUGCCAUUGCCCUUUUCUUGUUUGGAUCGCGGUUUUAUAGGCUGGUUUUGCCUCAGGGGAGUCCUUUUAUUAGCAUUGCUCGUGUUCUUGUUACCUCAUUUCGAAAGAGUGUUAGAGUGACCGGAGAAAAAGAUGAAGAUGAUUACUUCAAUGGCUCCUCAAAAUCAAAGAUGAAUAUUGGAUCUCCUACUUCUAGCCUAAGCUUCUUCAAUCGAGCUGCCUUGAUAAAAGGAGGAGAUCAUCAACCACAUUCGAAACCCUUCACAAAAUCGUGGAAUUUGUGUACCGUUGAAGAAGUAGAGGACCUAAAGAAAUUGAUCAAAGCACUACCAAUUUGGUCAGGAGGGAUAUUACUCAACACAGUAUCCGGAGUUGCUGCAAGCCUAGUUAUUCUUCAAGCAUUGUCCAUGGACCGAAGACUAGGCCACCAUUUCAAACUACCGGCUGCAAGCAUUCUAGUCUUCCCUCUACUAUGUGGAUCCAUCGCGCUAUGCCUUCUUGAUCGAGUACUAUACCCCUUAUGGAAAAACAUUGUUGGUCGACCAUUAGACCCUCUUAAGCGCGUUGGAGUUGGCUACUUUCUCACUUUCCUUAGCAUGAUCUCGUUUGCUCUCAUUGAGAAAAAACGACUUAAUCUAAUGGCUUCCAAUAACCAUGUUAUUUCAGUGUUAUGGUUAAUUUUGCCUUUGGGUUUGUUGGGUGUAUCGAGUUCUUUUUACUUCCCGGCAGAGUUGGCAUUCUUCUAUCAAGAACUACCAAAAUCGCUAAGGAGUACAGCCGCUUCCUGUGCUUCGUUGCAUAUGGCUGUCGGAUACUAUCUAAGUACCGCCUUUAUAAGCUUGGUUCAACGAACUACUUCAUGGUUACCGGAUAAUAUUAAUCACGGAAGAAUGGAUAAAGUGUAUUGGACAUUAGCUAUUGUUGGAACCAUCAACUUUGGUUAUUAUCUUGCAUGUGCUAAAUUAUACAAGUACACUAAUAAUGAUGAAUCUACUGAUGAAUAGGAAAUGCAUGGAACCAAAAAUGUAGGGUACAUAGUUUUCUUCUAAAUGUGUGAUAUGCAUGUAUGUUGGUCUAUGCAUGCUAGCUUAAUUUGGAUGUCAAAAUACUUGUGUGUAAGUUUCUUUCUUUCUUAUUUUUUUUUUUUUUUUUUUUAAGGAAGUGUGUGUGUUUCAUUUUAAUUAAGCAAAUAUUUAAAUUUCCUUUAUUUCUUGGCUCAUGGUUGAUUGUAAUUGUAAUUGAUUUCAUUAUUGAUGUAAUUUUGGUGAUGGUUGAUCUCCCUAUAGGCAAGCGUACUAAAUAAUUUUUUGAGGGGAGUUGGUGGGGGUGUGUAAGAACUAUGUCACAAAUCGUGGUGCAACGUUUCAAAUAAUAUAUAAGAACCCAUUAUUAUACAAGAACUAAUGUUAAAACUUUAUUAGUUUUUCUCCUAAACUUUAGCCUCCAUUGUCAAUUUUGAAGGGGCUUCCAUCGGAUUUCACCGGUGGAAAGCCCCAAAUUUUAUUUUCUUUCAAGUUUUUUAAUU